GUCAGUCCUGGCACGUCGAGGUUAUGGUGCGGUGCGGUUGCGUGUGGUUCAGAAAGUAUGGAAACUUCAUUGAUAACCUAAGACUCUUCACGAGGGGAGGAAGUGGUGGAAUGGGUUACCCUCGUUUAGGUGGAGAAGGUGGAAAAGGUGGUGAUGUCUGGGUUGUAGCCCAUAAGAAAAUGACUUUAAAACAACUUAAAGACAAAUAUCCUCAGAAACGAUUUGUGGCUGGAGAAGGAGCAAAUAGUCGAGUUAGUGCACUGAAAGGCUCCAGAGGAAAAGACUGUGAAAUUCCUGUACCUGUGGGUAUUUCAGUAACUGAUGAAAAUGGUAAAGUUAUAGGAGAACUCAAUAAAGAGAACGACAGAAUUUUGGUAGCUGAAGGAGGUCUUGGUGGUAAAUUACUUACAAAUUUCUUACCAUUGAAAGGCCAGAAACAAGUCAUUCACCUUGAUCUAAAACUUAUCGCUGAUAUAGGCCUAGUAGGAUUCCCAAAUGCAGGAAAAUCCUCUUUGCUAAGUCAGGUUUCUCAUGCAAAACCUACAAUUGCUGAUUAUGCAUUUACAACUUUAAAGCCUGAACUUGGAAAGAUUAUGUAUAAUGAUUUCAGACAGGUAUCAGUAGCUGAUCUUCCUGGUUUAAUAGAAGGAGCACAUAUGAACAAAGGAAUGGGCCACAAAUUCCUCAAGCAUAUAGAAAGAACUAAACAACUACUUUUUGUUGUCGAUAUUUCUGGAUUUCAGCUUUCUUCCCAAACUCAAUACAGAACUGCCUUUGAAACCAUAAUACUGCUUACAAAAGAGUUGGAGUUGUACAAAGAGGAACUUCAGACAAAACCUGCACUUCUGGCAGUUAAUAAAAUGGACUUGCCAGGUGCCCAAGAUAAGUUCCACCUACUGAUGCAUCAACUCCAGAAUCCUAAAGAUUUUCUGCAUUUAUUUGAGAAAAACAUGAUUCCAGAGAGGACUAUGGAGUUCCAACAUAUCAUCCCCAUCUCUGCAAUUACGGGAGAAGGAAUUGAAGAAUUAAAGAACUAUAUAAGAAAAUCUCUGGAUGAACAUACCAACCAGGAAAAUGGUGCAUAUCAUAAGAAACAGUUGCUUAAUUUAAAGAUUUCCAAUACAGUAUCUUAUAAUGAGCUACCACCAAUGAAUGCUGUUACUAGUCCCAGAUAGAUGUAAUUUAAAUAUAUUAAAAAUAAUAUCAAGGGGUA